AUGGGCAAAUGGAGAGACGAACCGAUGCACACCGGCGGCACGAUGAACGCCGGGCAAGCGCCGUACCAGAAAGCGGCCAACGACGAGUGCAGAAUCUGCGGAGGCAUUGGUCACUGGUAA